AUGCCCGUCACGCUGAAGACUUCCGACAAAGAACCUGUGGCCUGGACAGGCCGGAGAUGUGAAAAUGCCGAGGAUUUCCUCAAAGAAGCAUGCGAGGCCGAAUACUAUCGCUGCAAGCAGGUUCUCCAAAGUUCAAUCUCUAGGCUUCCCGUCGCCUCUCAAACUCACAUCAGCCCUAGCCCUCACGGCUUUGUGCACGCAGUAUGGCAUGCUUAUUCCGACCACCACAAUCUGGUCUUGCGGCCGGAGGACGUGUGGUUUUCCAUCCUAGUCCAGCUUAGCUUCUACAUCCACGCCCACGCGGAGGAACUGCGGGCGCAUUUCGUCGAGCACGAGGGCCAGAAGCACCUUAAAGUAAUUGAAGGUGGAACCAUCGACUCUGUGGAUGUGGGCCAGCUGGCAGUGCAGUUGACAGGGCUCAUUCAGCAAAACGUGGUCGACCCUGAGCUUCGCGAUUGGAUCAUGCCCUCUUUCAGUACUACUACCACGACGGACGAGGUUGUCGCUGCCGUGAUUAUGAUGGGAACGAUGCAAAAAUACUUCUCCUAUGAGAUGGAGAUGACGUGCGGUAUUCCGUCGGUGACUUUGCUCGGUGAGAAAGACGACUGGGAACAACUUCAAAGCAGAAUCGACAAGAUUUCGACGCUCGGCGAAGAGCCAACCUACUUUGCAUCUCUUCUGAAACCGGUUCUAGAGAAAUUUGUCGCUUCUUUCGACGACUCCCCUUCCCCUGACGUGGUGGACUUCUGGAACCAGUGCGUACACUUCGAAUGGAUGGGAAGCGGUCCCGACUACCUUUCAGGAUGGGUCACGGCUUUCUGCUUUUGGAACACAGAGGGGAAGACACUUUACAGACCCCAGGGCCGAAUCGACACGUCGGAUAUACCAAGUGGAUGCGUCAGUGUGCCCGUUCAAGUGAACGAUAAUGGUUGUGAUCUCAAGACCUCGAUGGUCGCUGGCAUGAUUGGUAUCGGGGCAAAGUCCGGAGCGAACGCUAAAGUCUCUGAUGGAGAACUGGUGAAAGAUUCUAUCCAGCCGUUCUCUGGAUGGUGGAUGUUUGAGGAAUUGAGCGAGACGGCACUUGCAGAAAAGAAAGAGAAGGAACGUCUGGAGGAAGAAGCGAACAACGAGGAAAUGAGAAAUGUGCUAAAGGACAUUGCGGCAAAGAGGAAAGCGCUGCGGGAAUUAGGAGUGUAA